GUGUUCUUCACUCUCGUUGUAUCGUUCACUAACUAGUUCGCCAAUUCCCGCCCAAACAAGAGAUUCUUCAACUCUCGAUUUCUCCUGCGACAUCGACGAACUUUUCGCCCUAAAAUCUCCCCUCAAGACCUCCAACAAUGGCGGAUUCUCAUUCAAACACUAAAACCUUACAAAUUGAAGAGCAAGUUGAUGUAGAACACAUUCCAACUACCGAUUAUUUCUUCUCUAAAGUUGGCGGAGCUGUUUCUAUCACUUCCGACCAAACGAUUUUCGAUGCGAGUAACCCUCCUUCGGUGCCCUUGGUCAUCUCUCAGCGUUUCGGCGUCGUAUUUGCUACUCAUUCAUCUGGAUUUUGUGUUGCGGAGACGAAGGACGUUGUAGCAGCGGCGAAAGAGAUUAAGGAUAAAGGAAGUGGUCCUUGUGUUCAAGAGUUGAGUGUUGUUGAUGUUGCUAUUGGUAGGGUUUCUAUUUUGGCUCUUUCAAUUGAUUCUUCGGUGGUUUCGGCGGUUGUUGGAGGAGAGAUUCAUUGUUUUUUGGUCGAAUUGCUUCUCAAGAAGGAUAAAAAACCCGCAUUCUCCUGUUCUGUUGAAUCAAACCAUGUGAAGGACAUGAUUUGGAUCAAAGACAUGGAGUCUUCCUUUAUUCUUCUAACAAAUAGUGGGGAGCUACAUCUUGGAGCUAUAAACAACUCUCCGAAACAUGUGAUGGACCAGGUUGAUGCUGUUGGAAGGAGUGUAGAUGGAAAAUAUGUUGCUGUUGGGAGAAAAAACAAUCUUAGCGUUUUCUCUUCAAAAUUCAAAGAGGAGGUACAAAUUUCACUUCCAACAGAUACAUGGACUGACGAGAGGGACACUGUUAAAGUGGAUAGCAUCAGAUGGGUUCGCUCAGAUAGUAUUGUGGUAGGAUGCUUUCAGCAAACUGAAGACGGCAUGGAGAAAAAUUACUUCAUACAAGUCAUCACGAGUAAAGACGGAAAAAUCAUUGACGGUUCUUCGAAGCUCACUUCAGUGAAUAUCAGUGAUCUUUUUCUUGGCUUUGUUGAUGAUAUUGUACCACGUGGCUAUGGGCCUCAUCUAUUUGUAAAUUAUUUGGAAAACUGUGAGUUUGCUUUUGUAUCUAAUAGGAAGAAUACUGAUCAACAUAUUAUGUUGUUUGAUUGGACGCAAGGGGACAACCGAGUAUCUGUGAUUGAGAUUGAGAGAGAUGAUAAUUUGACCCCAAGAAUUUUACUUCAAGAAAAUGGGGAUGAUAACUUGGUCCUCGGGCUUUGUGUUGACGAAUCUUUGGUUUCCGAAAAUGUGAAAGUCAAUCUUGGAGAUGAAGAGGAGAGAGUACUUCCUUCACAUUGCCUUUUAGCGUGUAUAACACUUGAGGGCAAGCUUGUUAUGUUCAACGUUGCCAGUAUUGCUGGGUCUCAGCGCUCAAGUCAGGCUUUAUCUGCUUCUUCUCUUGAUGUUCAGAAUACAUCUGUGGUCGGACCUUCAGAUCUUGGAGAAGCUCCUUUGCCAGAGGAGGUGGAAAAAACCAAACUAUCGGGUGUAGAUUCGGAAUUACAUGAAUCGGAUGUGAAGGAAAUUAGCUCUGCACUUGAUAAAGUUCCUGUAAUAAAGGAACAAAAGCCUUUUGAGCAGAAGAAAUACACUCCUGGUAUCCUUAAUUUUGAUCAAAAUAUCAGGAAGGAACUAGUGGCUGGAAACAAUAAUCAGAAGGCCGAAGUAGAUGUCAAUAACUCUAAGCCUCUUGGGCAUUUGGGGAAGUCUCGUGAGGGAACUGCAAACCAGUUCUCAUUCAAGAAGUUCCAGGAGGGCCUAAGUUUUGGUGCAGGAGAUACUGUCGCGACUGAAAAAUGGAAGAUUGAGCGUGGUGUAUCUUUGACUGAUAAGUCUCUGGAGAAAAGCAGGACUGACAGGGGUUUAGAAGAAACGAUUGGAUCUGGUGAGUUAAACAGUACUUCGAUCCCGACAAGUUCAGGCGGUUCUUUGGGUAGUUCAGGUGUAUCCAAUGUUAGAUCUCUUUCUCCAUCACCAGCGUUGGCUAAAAGUACCUUGUCUGGGAGUCCUUUUUCAUCCACAGAUACAGCAAAUAGCUCUGCAAGGUUCACUGGAAACUUCGGUUCCCGUCUGUCGGAUCCAUUCAAUUCUUCAACAGGAAAAGCUGCCAACCACAGUCAAAAACCAAUAGUUAGCAGUGCUCUCUCAGGAAUUCAACUUGGUUUUCCUAGCUCUAAAUUACAGCUGCAAGAAAGUGCCAAAUCUCAGAACUUUACUGACCAAAGUGUACACCAAACGCUGGGUAAUAAUAAGAAGUCUUCUCCUCUUGGGCAGCUGAACCCUGAGCACAAUUUAUUGAAGCAAUUCUCUAAUGUACAAAACAUGGCUAAUGAGUUAGACAAACUUCUGGAAUCUAUAGAAAAAGCAGGAGGUUUUAGGGAUGCUUGCACAACUGCUCAUAGAAGUUCACUUGAAGCCUUAGAGGAAGGCAUGGAUAGUCUCUCCGAGAGGAACAGAGAGUGGCAGAGUUCUACGGAGGGACGACUUAGAGAGGUGCAACUUCUUCUUGAUAAGACUGUACAAGUUUUGGCGAGGAAAACACACAUGGAAGGCAUUGUUAGGCAAACUACAGAUGGACAGUAUUGGGACUUGUGGAAUCGCCAAAAGUUAAAUUCAGAACUUGAUCAGAAGCGAGAUAGCGUUUUAAAUCGGAGUCAGGAUCUGAUCAACCGGAUGAUUGAACUAGAAAAGCAUUUCAACACCCUUGAGCUUAAUCUAUAUGGUGAAAGCAGUGGAGUAAACUCAAUUUCUCGAGCACGAAAUUCUAGAUCCGUGCCAUCCAGGCACAGCCAGUCAUUGCAUGCUAUUCAUAAUGCAACAAUUUCACAGCUAACUGCUGCAAAGCAACUUUCUGAAUCUCUGUCCAAACAAAUGACUGUAUUGAGCAUUAAGUCACCUCCAACAAAACAAGCUAAUGUCAAAAGGCAAGUUUUUGAGUCCAUCGGGAUACCUUACCCAGAUGACUCUCUUCGUUCGCCAGGCACAGCAAAGAUAAUGGAUUCCCCAUUGAACAGAAAUCCAUUAGUUUCUUGCUCAGGUGAAACUCGUAAUGCAUCUAGAAGGAUCCAGUUGAGUGGUGUCAGCAGUCAUGAUCUGGAAACUGCAAGAAGGAGGAGAGAUUCACUGGAUAGGAAUUGGGGAAACUUUGAGGCUCCAAAAACAACAGUCAAAAGGAUGGUGGUACAGAAUGAGAGCCAGAAGGUUGGUGGUUUGUUCUCUUCAAUGGAUAAGCAAUUCGUCAGUCCUUGCAAACUGGAAGGGUCAACAACCACUUCUUCCAAGGUUCUUGCUGUGCAGGAUAGGAAUGAGCAUAAGGGCGCACUACAAAAAGUCAACUCUGAUACUGCAGCCACAUCUAAAUUCAAAUGGGAUGGAGGCAUCCCUGAACUGCCACAAGCUGGAAUGGAGCAGCCUCUAAGAUGGAAGCUUUCACAAGGUGACAGUUUCUCGGCCACCCAAAGCAUGUCUUCAUCAUCCAUUGUUGAUCCAAAUCUGAAGAAAGGAUACAUUCGUUCCAAUGCUGAAAGACAAGGGACUAGGAUAGGGAAUAACGACAAAACUGAUAGGCCUGGUACUGCUUCAGCUGACACGAUGUCGUCUGUGUUACAGUUUAGUGAAGCCAAAUCAACCACCCAAAAGACCCAGCCACGUCUAUUUUCCUUUUCAACAAAAGGUGGCCAGACACCAAUUUCUGGUAGCGAGCAGACUGUUGCUGGGCAAAGUUUUUCCAAUGUUUCAACUAGUAAACAAGAUAUUGGAGCUUCACCUCCAUUGAUAUAUCCCCCUGUCAGCUCUUCUAUAUCACCUAAUCUGAGUAUGCAGACCUUACCAGUCACGUCGGUAGAAGGUGGAUCUGUCACCAGUCCUAAGAAAGUCUUACAAUUUCCCUCUCCAGCGUUUUCUGUAUCUUUCUCAGAUGCAUCAACUUUGAGCUCUUUAACCUCCAGAAAUUCUAAGGAGGUUUUACAAUUCCCUACACCAGCCAUUCCUGUUUCUGCCCCACAAGCAGAACUGGUGAUUUCUGUGUCUUCCAAGGGUACAGAGUUGGCGAAUUUUGAUUCUACUGAAUCUUCUGUAAAUCCAUCUGGAGAGCCGUCAGCGAUAGGGCCUGAAGCUGCUAAUAAUAAAGUAAUUGCAGCCAAUAAUCUGGCUACAGCUCAGUCUCCAGAGAAGUUAGCCCCUUCUAGUGACGGCUUAAAUUUUGUGCCUUUGAUGCCUUCCGCUUCAACUGAAGCUCCAAAAGUGUUUGACUCAAGCCUCGACAUGAACAAGACUGCCACACAUGUAUCUGGUAUGGUAUCAAAUACUCCAGAAAAGAAAUCUGCAGCAGUUGCAUCAUCGUCACCAUCUCCAUCAGAACUUGGAGGUUCCGCUGGUGGAAAGAGCAAUAAUGAUGAUACUGUAGCACAGGAAGAUGAAAUGGAAGAAGAAGCACCUGAGACAAACCAAACAGCAGAUUUUUCUCUAGGAAGCCUUGCUGGAUUUGGUAUAGGAUCAGCACCCAGUGCUACAGCUCCAAAAUCGAAUCCAUUUGGUGGUCCAAUGACUAGUACACCACAAACUAUGCCUAGUUCAGUUUCUCUAACUGUUCCUUCUGGAGAGUUGUUCCGUCCUGCAUCGUUUAGUUUUCAACCUCUGCAGGCUUCCCAGUCCUCCCAACCUGCUAGUAUUGGAACUACUUCUGGUACCUUUGGUUUUACAAAUCCUCUUCAGCAGAGUUCCUCGGGGAAUGGGUUUGGUCAGCCAUCACAAAUUGGCUCAGGACAACAGGCUUUGGGUUCAGUUCUUGGUUCGUUUGGACAAUCAAGGCAACUUGGUGCUGGCUUACCUGGUAGCGGUUUUGGGAUUCCUCAAUCUCCUGGCGGUGGCUUUCUAAAUGCAUCCACUGCUGGAGGAUUCGCUGGCAUUGGUUCCACACCCAGUGGCUUUGGCGGUGGUUUUGCUACUGCAGCUACUGUCGGAGGUGGGUUUGCUGCUGCAGCUACUGGGGGUGGGUUUGCUGCUGCAGCCCCUAGUGGAGGCGGGUUUGCUGCUGCUCCUCCAAGUGGAGCUGGCUUUGCGGCUGCUGGUGGUGGGGCUGGUGGAUUUGGCGCCUUCGGUAAACCAGGGAGUGGUGGCUUUUCUGGGUUUGCUGGUGGUACUGGUGGAAGACAGGCCCCAUCGGAGCUAUUUACACAAAUGAGAAAAUAAUUUAAUCCUGAGCAAGAAUGGCUUCUCUAGUUGUUUUGACUACGCUCUUGUAGAUAUUUGUCAUGAUAGUGUAGGCAUAUGUAGUCAGUCAUUGAUUUGAUUGCAUUAGCAAUUACUAAACACUCCCCCAAGAAUGAAACUUCAGAAACCUAGAUUGUGAACCAACGUAAACUUACAGCUGUCAUUGGCUUAUUGCUAUAGGUUGUAUACUUGUAUAAGAUUAAAUUCUUGGUUUACAUGUGUACAAGGUUUCAGCAUCAUACACACAAAUAGAGCUAAAUCACACACUCUGUCCCCAAGUAAUAGGGCUGUAUUUCUACUUUUAGGUCAUGCUAAAACAAUAGGUUAGUUUUAACUUUUAGUAAAUUGAACUAUUAAUUAUUA